CCCCAAAAGAGACGGCUGCUUGUUUUCCAGCGUUACUGUGACAUUUGAAAGUUAGUACGUCCAGUGUGAUUUUAAAUCAUGGACAUCCGCGUGAAGAAGAGAAAAUUGAUAAGUUCGCGUAGCGUCGCCACCAAUGCCGGCGAUCAAUACGCCGCUCCCACCGACGUUGGCGUCGGCGUCGUCGGAGGAACCAGAGGCGUCGCUGUGGCCAAAAGGGAUACAGGACGGAUUGGUCUAAAUAGUAGAGCUGGUGGUGGUCGUGGCGGCGACGGUGGUGCUGCUGGUAACGUUGGUGGUAGCGGUAACGGCGACGCUGUUGGAUCUACUGGAGGUGGCGUCGGUGGUGGCGCCAUUGCCAGAGCAGUGCGAGGUCGGACCUUGCCCAGGACGGGAGGUGCUUGCGUGCGACAGACGGAAAAUUGCAGUGCGUUAAGAAGUGCGAAAGUACCGGAUAAUAAAGGAAGGACGUUCGCUAGGAUUGUGGAAAGUGUACCUAGUACCGCUCGAGUCAGUCAUAUCAAAGAGACGAACUGGCUCGGCUCGAAGAAGAACGGGAACGUGCCAGGUUCCGAAGGGAUAGAUACGAGGACGAACGGUACCCGGAUCGCCGGGAAGAGGAAAUGGGAGGUCGAUGGGAAUACGUACGGCGCGAUUAAAGUGCCUUCCAAGGGGAUUAUCAACCACCAGCAGCAACAUCGGCUAACAGAACGAGCUCCAGGACCCACCCCGAAUAUGGCCAAGAACGUAGGGGAAAGCAAGGUACAGUUGGCUGGUGCGGUACGACAAUCCUUUCUGCCGAAGCCAAAAGUCUUUGGUCAAUCGACGCAUUUUGGUGCACGUAAAAACGUCACUUCCGUUGAUACAUCGAUAAAUGAUGUUGCCAUUACCGCCACCUCGACACCUGCUAUUGGGCCCACGAAGUCAAAUAAUACGUUACGGAAGAUGCGAAGAGGCGCAGACGGUAGAAUCAUAAAUACCGAUGAAAACACAUCUCCAUGGCCGAGGGAUGAGAAUAUAAUUGGAGGAUUCUAUUAUUUAGGGGAUCGAACGAAAAAUGAUGUCACAGCGACGAAUUGUCAUGAUCUGAAGCCACCGCAGCGAAAGAAUACCGAUCCGGUGCAAAGUAACAGGACUUAUGCGGAAUCUGAUUUGCUUGACUUAGAGGCCGAUUGCUUUGGACAGAAUUCAUUGAGCAUCCCGAAUAGAAUUCCUAAUGUCUCGCCUAAAUCGUCGCUGGCGAACAGUACAGCCAUAACAGAAAAUUCGAAUCUUCUUAAUGUAACGUUCAAUGGCCAAAUUUCCAUGAUCGAGGGACAUGCUACGAAAAAUUUGGAAAUUCCAGGCGUCCUGGGAAAGGCAGUCACCUCGGAACAAACGACGAAAACGAACGAUACGCGUAAAACCGCUGUAAACGAUACAUUCUUAAGCAAAACGCACGAGGCAACGAAGGAAAUAUCGCCGAGAAAAUCGACCGUCCUAGUGACUAAUGUGACCUACGACAGAACCUAUGAUAAAAAUUAUGAUAAGAAGUACGAUAAAACAUAUGACAAAUUGUACGACAGGACCAGGACCCAUGAUAAGACCUACGACAAGACCUUCGAUAGAACACAUGACCCGGUAAGGGCCAACGACAAGACUGCGAAGAAAUCAUUGCCAGACUGUAUCCAGUUGCCAUGCAUUGGGAGCCUAGAAAAGGUGUUACAAUCAGCGAUAAAACCGAGGGGCCCCAUUUUUGCCCUCGACGACACUUUUCUCAAUGAGAAACCCAAGAGGAAUGAGAGGAGUGCUGAUACCAAGUCCGCAGAUCGUCUCAGUCUUCUUCUAGAGAGACGAGAGGCUCUCAUGGGUGAAAAAGUAUCCGUCGAGAACAAGGUGUUCGACCUGGCUAAUAAGAAUUGCGACUCGAGAAGAUUCUCCACUAACGAAAACAGCAUCUUGUCUAUGAGCGAGAUGGACUGCAGUUUUAUCAACCCUCAAGAUUCCAUUCACUCAUCCUAUUUUAAACGACUUGAUCGAUCUGACAAAGCCUCCAAGAGUUCUGGUUCUGCGAGUCCGAAGAAGAGCGUGGAUCCUCAAGGACAGAAGAACGAGGCGUCGAGACGCGAGACUUAUUGUCUGGUAAAACCGUUGAACGACACGGGUGUAAGCCUUAUCGAUAUGAUCAGCGACAGUUGUCUUGUGGAUACUAUUUCUGGUCCGUACAGCUUCUUGGGGUUCAGUGGUAUCGAAGAAGAGGAUGAGCUGACCCCACCGGCGGCGCCACCGCCUUCCAAGGCGAGUCCAGCUCCGCAUUACCUCAUGCUUAACAAACAGAAUUCAUUUGAACACGAUGAGAGCCUUGGUAUAUUGACGCCUGAUCAGAUGACAGAUUUCACAGUCGCCCUCGAGUGCUCCAGGAGUUCGUCUUGCGAUAAUCUGACAGGUUCAGGAGGAUCCAGAUUCGCUCUGACGAGAGCAUCGGCAUCGAGACCUUCGGACUUGCCGACGUCGGCCGACGUCGAGCCUACGGAUGGUUCCAGCGAGAGGACGCCGUCUCCGGAGGAAUUACCUCUUGACCCUAAACCCGUUGGGUCUGUCGAGUCCAGCGAGCCCGCCAUCAGAGGAGUCGUUCCCGUAAGCUUCGUUACGUCGGUUACCAGUAUCACUAGCCUCGAAGCUGGUUACCAGGGUGACGGUGAGAAUUCACGACCUGCUAGUCGUGGAGCUGAUCCGCCGCCUAUGGCGCAACCAGCCAACCUGCCUGCACCAUGCGCACAUGACCCUAUGACGGAUUCGGACUUCUUCACGGAGAGCGACGCCGACGCCCACGAAGAGAUUGUACGGGGCGAUCGGAGAGCUCAGGUCAUUGAUGGUACACUCUUCUGCGCACCGGGUGAACGACGCUGUCCUAGUUUCACCGGAGAGGAAAUGGACUCUAGUGGAAUAUACUCUGAUCUGGACAAGCGACAGGAUGAACGUCAUCCUGAAGAAUCUCAAAGUCCAGAAGACAGAACACCGGAUUCCAUCGACACCGUGUCUCAGAAGAGUCAACCAUCCCCUGAUAAACCUGAUCUUGCCAAUAAUUCUCCGGUCAUUAUGGACUGCCUAGAGGUGCCGCCAAAUUCAAGCGCCUGGGAUACCUCAGCCGAUUCAAAUGUCUCUGCAAGUGCCCUUGAGCAGACUGUCAUCGAGGUAGCCAUGGUGUCCGAUACCGCUUCUCCGAAACCCGCUAACAAGUCAGAUUCGCUGCCUCUAAAGAAAUACAAGAUGCCAAAAAGAAACGUCGUGUCAAAGAUCAAAGCGAUGAUUGAGUCUGGACCCAAAGAGGAUACCGAGAAGGAAGCAAGACGUCCUCAGAGGUUACCGCGAAAGGGAGGUCGAUGGGACGCGGUGAUGAGCAAAAUAGAAGCUGGUAAAAAUGAGCAACGCUCAAGACCUCCAAGGAAGGAAGUCAAGUCAAGGGUUCUGCAAGCCCUGGGCACCUCGUUGUCAUCCUCCUCGUCAGCUACAGCAGUAACAGCGACGGCGACUACGUCGAGCAAUACAAAAUCUCCUGCCACCAGAAGAGGGACCAGUGACGUCAACAAUAAAACUAAACGAAGAUUGAGAGUUCGCCAGGACGUGAAUUCACCAACCCAGGAAACGUGUCAUAGCUCAGUUCAGAGUUCGAUGAGCGACCUCAGCAGUGCCCCAACCAAAGACACCUCCAGGAGUGUCAAAAAGCGCCUGGGUAGUCCUGGUGGGAGCGAGGGUUCCACGCAGUCGACACCCCGAAUUUUUUCACCACGGCAACAGCAACCGCCGUCUUCGUUAACUAUAAAUACUGCCACUGCUAAUUCUGAAGACAAUAACAAUAUCAAUACGAGCAACAAUAACAAUGGUAGCGCACCUUUCAGCGGCGGUCACGUCGGCAACAAUAAUAAUAGCACCAAUCAUUCGCGAGGAUUUUCGCAUUCCCAGCGGUCCCCUACGACAGUCACUCCCCCCCGAAGGUUGGUUGGUACUCGCAGCACAGCGAAUCAACAGGUUCGCUCUGGGCCUACGAGCUCCGAGGCCAAGAAGAAUUCCUUGGACGUGUCAAAGGUCAAUCUCGAAAAGAGUCCUUCGGCCGGAAGAAAACCGGCAGUUCCUAAGAGGCUGCCAUUCAACGUCCCACCGAAGUCGCCGCAGCAGCAACAACAACAGAAUUCAGGACUGACAAAGGAUCGUGGCCCAAAGGAGAGCGCUAACUCGGUGGCGAGAGCUCCUCCCGUGGAAACUCGGGAUCAGGCCGAACAGACCGAGGAGAUCAAGGACCUCAAGGAGACCCAGCUGACCGAGGAAGCCAAGUUAAGAUAUGAGAGAUGCGUCGAAAGAGAUGAACUCUCAGUUCAGGCUCUCUGCGUGAUUGUCCAGUAUCUAGCGCAUCAGCUGGAUGGAUUCUCCGCUCCGAAUCUGAAGACCGAAUGCGAGAGAAUGAAGAGCGAUUGGCUGAUGGCGCGCAUGGAGGCUGAUCAGUUGAGAGCGAAACAUCUUCAGACUGAAGAGAAUCUUAUUGUUGAGAGGGAGGAUCAUCAGAGAGCGCUCGACCGAUUGCGUACCGAUUUGGAAGCUCAGCAUGCGGAACGCAUUGCGGAUUUGGAAUCGGGACUGGAAUCAAGACUUCAGGAGGAGAGGGAUAAAUUCGAGGCCAGGUUGGUGGAGGCGUUGAAGGAGGCGGCGAUGGAACAUCAGGCUGAGAUCAACAGGAUCCGUGUCGAGCAUGAAGCGGAACAAGCGCGCAAGGAAGCUGAGACCGAUAGGCGAUCGGUCGUUCACGACCAGGGUGCUGCACUUAGAGCGGAGGUAGAAUCCCUGCGAUCAGUACUGGAGCUACGAAGUCAGGAGAUCACGAAUCUCCGGUCAGAGAUCGACGGGUUCAGGCGAGAGGUGGAAGGAAAAGAAGCGUUGGAACAGAAAGUCGAAUCCCUGGAGGCGCGAUGCGAGGAUCUUAAAGCACAAAUCCAACGGAAGGAAUCAUUCGAGAGACAGCUGUCACAUGAAAAUAAGGUCCUCUUGGAAUCGAUCCACCAAGUCUCCAAGCAGAACAAGCGUCUCUCACAGCACAGCGAAGAACUCCAGUGGAGGCUACGGCAGAACAACGAAGUCGUCACUGUGCUAGCGAAUCAACUUGCUACACCAUCUCAGAGACUAUCUCGAUCACUAGGUCCAGAGCAUCUUGAACACACUCACUCGCCAGAUGACUCGCCCCCAGCGUCCCCGAUGGUCAAGUCGAUGGUCGAGAAGAGCGACUCUGUCUCAUGGACCUUAGAAAUAGAAGAGUCACCGGAAGCAAUGGCCUCGAGACUCCUCCGAAGGUCCGGAUCAGCCUGUCGUGGGAUGAGUCCUGGUGAUCCUCGAUCGAAACGCCCAAGGCAACCAACAUCUUCCUCGUCGUCAAACUCCACUCCAGGCACAGCGACCGUCUCCAGACAAAGUUCCCUCAGACUGACGCCUCAGCGCGCUGUUGUCCUGAGGACUCGAUCGAAAAGCGUCUCCGUCGCCGAUUCCGUAACAAAGGAAACCUGGGCUCCUAUGAGCUUCACCUCUACGCCGUCCUCUGUGGUCCGCAGAAGACCUAGAAGCGACCCCGCCUCCGCGGCCGCGGUCGACGUCGACACUGACGCCGAGACGAAUCCUGGACCUAGACCUCAGGAGGCCGGCGGGGAGGCUAUGAUCUCAGAAGAGACAUCAGCAUCCAGUAGCGAGGACGAGUCCUCGGCCAGCAGUGACAUUCCCCGCCUAGCCAUGGAAUUUUCAUGGAGCGAAUCCGAAGGAUGAAUUUUUCUCUCGGCCCGUAACGUCGAUCUACGUUUAUAUGCGCCUCCGCCUCUCGAAUGUUCCAAAUAUCCAAUAUAUCUAGUAACACCCGCGAAGGGAGACUUUUUUUAAACAAAGAUCUCUUUAACUGACAGUCUUUUCGACCUUCUUACCACACUGUCCUCUCACCAUUACCGUUUUACGAAACUACCCAAAACCAAUCCUGUCUUUGACCCGACUCUCUGACCUGUCUUACAGUUAGCGAUUAGAAAUGUUGCGAGUAACGUCGCUGAGAAUCCAGUAUUAAAAUCCAGUAACGCGAAUUCAAUUAAAGUAUAUCGUUGUCUACUUACAGAACAUUAUCAUGAUUAAUGUCAUUAUUAUUAUUAUAAGAAUUAUAUUGCUAUUAUUAUUAUUAUUAUUACUAUUACCAACCAUUGUGACACUAAUUGCGAUUCUUACGAUCAAGACUAUUAUUUAUUGAAAAUAAUUAUUAUUGCGAGUAUGAUAAUUAUUACGAAGAAAUAUAAUGUAUUCUAUAUUUACCAAAUAAAUGUUAUCUACAUUAUGGCGGUUCGAAUAAAA